GAUUCUCUACCAUUAUAUAACAAUUUAGGUAAUAUUAUCUUAGAUGGUAAUAUUACAGACCUUUUAGAUGUAAGUCAAGUUGUAUCAUAUAAGUUUCCACCAUUCACACCACCAAUUGUAAAUUAUUAUGAAAAGUCGCCAAAAAUAUUGUCAUAUAAAAAAAACCCUGUUGUACAUGAUAUUGAUGUAAAUACUAUAAGAGUGUAUUUUACUGAUGAUGUACCAGAUAAUCAAAUAUGUAAUAAUCUUGUAGAUGAAAAUGAUCUAAUUUUACAAAAUUUUAUCAAUAAUUUAUUUUCACCAGUACUUAAAAUUAAUAUUAUUGUACAAUUAUUUGUACAGUAUAAAAAAGAACAUAAAUUAAAUAUAAAAAUUAAUAGACUUAAAUCUAUACUACCAAUGUACAGAUAUUACAUUGUAAAUGGGCCAUUUAGAAAAUGUUGGGUACCAUUUGGAUAUGAUCCUAAAAAAGAUAAACAGAAUUAUAAAUAUCAAAUUAUAGACUUGAGGGCAGAAGGAACAUUCUUCCAUUUAUUUGAAAAAGAUACAAUAAUUAAGGAGGUAGAAAAUAAUCUUGAAUGGUAUGUUAAAGAUGACUGUGAUAUAAAGAAUUGA